AUGAUUCGUUUGCCCUCUCUGGUUACUUUAGCCAUUUUGCUUGCUUAUUCCUUUGGAACGGCACAAAAACAAUCAGCUCAACAGGUAUUGCUUUGAACAUAAUAACAGUUGCAAUUUGAGAACGUUUUAUUUUCCAUUGCAAAUUCUACCUUCAGCUCCAACUUGUACACGACAUCGGUAAAGGUUAAGGCGAAAUCAAACGUUCUGUCUUCCAAAUGAUGCCAUGAAUUUACGUGUAGUGCCAAUUGUUUGAUAUAAUCUCGCGAGAUUCUUCAUUUGUUGAUAUUUUUCAAGUCCAUUCCUGAUUGUAAUUAUAAAACAGAACAGAGACCCUUUGUCAUUCCGACGCACUUUCUUUAUUUCGUCUUUUUCUUUGGCAGCCGACCGAUGGGUCACCAGCAAACGAAAGCAGCUGCCAAACUCUGCAACAACAUACUUGCUGUAAAGAUGGUAGGAGACAAAUUUAACUGAUUUUCAAUUAACACCUUACUCGAAGACUCCAUUCUGAAGCUUCAAAAUUUUAAUCAGUACAACGAUGAAGAAAAAUCACAAAUUUUACGUUUCUUGUUUUGUUUCUUGACCGCCUAUCAGGAAAAGACGGCAAAGAUGGCAGGAACGGUAAGUUGACAUAAGGACAGAUCACACGUUCUUAAGUUAUAACAAUCUAAUUCAUGGAAUUUACAGAGGGGUUUGGUCCAGGUAUGCUGUCUAUUUGUCUGCAUGCGUUUGUAGAUCAUGAGAGUACCAGAGUCACAGCCAGUUGUUCUUUAUAUGGGUUGCGGAAAUAAAAGAGUCUCGCACAGAUCCUUGGGAAGUGAAACGAAGUGCCUUCCCAUAAGUCUGUCGCGCUUCACCUUGAAACACGAAUAGAUUUAUUAUACCCAGUCCCCACGAAAUAUAAUACGGUAAUGUACGACUUCUAAAAUCCCAUUUUCGUUUUCCUUAACUUCUUUGACUUUACUCAAUUCAUCUUUUUUUUCUGGUCAUACAGGAAAAGACGGGCGCGAUGGGUUACAUGGUAGAGUAUAUUAUUAAGUGAUAGUUUUGCUCUAUGCUUUAGGAAAUCACGAUUAGGUCUCAUAGUCUGUCCCUGCUCAGCAAACAUACGAUAAAUAAUAAUAUAGUAAAUAGAAUGAUAUGUGUGGAGAGAAAAACACAGAAAAAUUCUAAGUUCCAGAGGAGAAUUAAACCCAUAACAUUCCACACUAGUUGGAGGCUCCAACUACUGCGUUACUGAGCAGAUCAUUUGUGGGCUGACAUACCGCCGCGUAGCGCAAUCAUAUCAUUUCAAAUGAUAAAAGUUAUUUGAUAGAACAGUAUAAAAUGAAUUUCAAAUAUUGAACUAUAUUUAGUAAUACGUUAAACAGUGAAUUAUUUGAACCCAGUAGUCAUUUCAUAAGUAGGUGGAAUAUGAUCGUUUGGUUGUGAGAACAAGUGUAGUCCUGAAUAGGACUUUAAUUGACAGUUACUGACGUUCCGGCAACCUGCGCGGUUCUCGUGUAAGAGUCAAGUACUCUUUACCUUUUGUCUCGUAUCAUGCAAAAUUUUAAACAGCUCACUCUCAAGGACAACAACAAGACUGGUAGUCUCCAAGUGAGACAACGAUGGAGUGGGCCUUAUCCUAGGUAAGAAUUAGGAAAGCAAAAAAAAAACGGCUGGUUGGCUGCCACCCAGGGUAGGUGCGCAUGCCCCUAGGGUCGCCCUGGAUCAUGAUCCAUUAUAUUCUUAUGUUUCUUUGUUUUGCUUUGUUUUUAGACUAGAACUUGACUAAAACUUUAAUUUCUAAACUGAUUAUCCACAAAGAGGAUUUUCCAUCAAGCCAAGAAUGAAUCGCAUUUUUAUUUCAAGUCAGACAUAAUACACCAGUAUAGUAAGAAAGACCAAACUUUUCAUAGAUAGAAAGCCGGGCAUUUGAAUUUUUUUUUAGCAUAAUGGAACUAAAAACCGAAAAAAAAAUACGGAAACGAACAGAUACGGAAAAUAUGAAAAACAAGACGACAUUAGUGUUUGAUCUCUAAUGUUACGCAGUUUGACGUAGAUUAUUUUUCGGCCCAGAGGUAACGGCGCGGUAAUGAUCCUCAGAGUUACAGUUCUUCAGAAACAUGGAAUAUUUUGAGGUCAAAAAGAAGUUGAAUUUUUUUUGUCAAGAGGAAGGGUUUGUCCGCCUGGAUUUAACCUUUCUCAAUCUUCUUUCUUCAUCUUUGUUACUAUAUUUAGAUUUCACGCUGGCAACAGCCCUAUCAGGACUCCUGACUCCUAUUUUUAAGUUUACUAUGCUUAUUUAGCAUUAUUUUUUUAACACAGGGAAAGAUGGUCGUGACGGACGUGAUGGGACAAAUGGAGCGAAGGUUAUUAAGCCAUUGUUAUCAAUGUGGCCCGAAUGUGUAUCAUAGAAGCGACCUAUACUAAUUUGCCUCAGUAACAUACCACGUUCUCGUUUUAUUUUUCCAGGGUGAAAAAGGUGAAUCAGGCAUUCAAGGAAGAGAUGAAAAGGUUUGCAAAUUACCCCUUGCUAUAAUUACUGAGAAAAAUAUCAUAAAAAUAUCUUUGACUCUGAAGAUGACUACCGCACAGGUUGUCGAAACGUCAGUCUCUGUCAACAACAACAUUCCUAUUCAGGACUACUUUCAACCGAACGAUCAAACUCAACCUACUUUUGAAAUGACUCCUGGGUUCAAACCUUUCACAAAAAUAUCUUGAUGGGGUGAGUAGACAAGUAAGUGAGAUUGCAUGAAAAGUUCAAAAAAAAAAAUUAGAACUGGCAGGAUAAGAGAAUAGAAUGCUUUAAGGAUUUUAAAAUGUUUUACAAAGAACGAACGAAUUCGAACAAAAGAUGUGGAAUUCUAAGCUUUGAACUAAGCUAUUGCUUUCUGCUGUUCCCUUUUAGCUGCCUUUCUAUUUCAAUGCAAACUGUUCUCUUAUGUAACACUCAAAUGAACAAGUCAUCUAUAAGUAAUUAAUUUUGAUUUGUUAAAAGGGCGAGAAAGGAUCUCCUGGAGACAAAGGAGAACAGGGACCGAAAGGAGUGCCGGGAAUAUGUGACACGCAGGUAUUGAGAUAGACUGGGAUGAGAAAAGUCUUUUUAAUAAGUUUUCCCUACAGAGCAGUUCAUAAUAAGGGCAGUAAAGUCAAACCCCGCUCAUUACAGACAGGCAUUAAUGCAGACAAUGAAUACUUUUUUUGAGAUAAUUACUAUAGAAAGUGAACCUCGUUUAUUCGAACGCUCUUUUGGUAUUAAGAUGUACGAUUCGUGACGGUAUAGCCCUGGUGGACUCCCAUAUUAAGAGAAGGGAAUUAUUCUUCGUCUUUAUAUGUGUGUAAAUUGGAAAUUUUAGUCAUACUUGUACUCAAUUCAAAAUAAUGAAUUGUGUGCGAUUCCUCUUAACAUCUUUCAUCACAGGGCAAGUUUGCUUCCAGUACAACAGCCAGUUGUAAAACUGGUAAGUAACUUCAUUUACACUAAGUGGAUCCUUUUACACAUUACACUUGCAGUCUGUCCUAUAACUAUUGUUUAAAAUUAUUACCUCUGAAUCCUAAGCUACUUAUUUCUAGCUAACAGGUGUCGUACUGUGCCAGUCCUCCUUUAUUUUUAGGUUUAAUUAGACAAAAGAUUUUAUUUAUUAGUCUUAUUCCAACUACCUAUACUAGUCUAUUUCAUGGACAUAACAUAUAAAUGACCUUCCAACUCGCUGUAGACAGCAAGGCCUGUACUUAACAAAAAGGCAAUUCAAAUAGAAAUUGCUUUUUCCACUCGUCUUUCUCUCUCUUUUUUUUUAACAAAGAAUGCGACGUUGGUUUCCACUUCUUUGAGAAAGUUCAAGAUCUACCAACCCGAGGAGCUUUUGGUGUCGAACAUUUCUUCAUCAACGGGACUUUGUUUCUCGCUUUUGCUAACUACUAUGGGGACAUCCGCAAGUACAAAACAAGCUCCAUGAUAUACAAGAUGGACGAAUCAACCAGAAGAUUAACUUUGUAUCAAACCUUACAACCAAGUGGAGCUUACGACAUUGAAUACUUCACGAUCUCUAAUGAACAUUUCCUUGCCGAGGCCAAUUAUUACGAGGGAAGUCACCUGAAAGAUUCCAUAAUUUACAAGUGGAAUGGAAAGCUGUUUGUCGUCGUUCAGAAAAUACCUACAAAAGGAGCAAGUCACUUUACAUUUUUCACAAUAAAUGGUAACAAAUACAUUGCAGUGACAAAUUACGAAGAUGGUAGCACCCGUUCCAUAAAAUCAGUCAUCUACGAAUGGAGUGGCAAUCAGUUUAGCAAGUUUCAGGAGAUAGCAACAGAAGGUGCGAGAGCAUGUGAGGUGUUUAUAAUUAACAAUAACACUUUCAUCGCGUUUGCAAACCAUUAUAACUCGCAAAAGAAAUAUUCUGUUCAUUCCACUGUUUUAAAGUGGUCAGGAGGACACUUUGUCAAGCUACAAUCUCUUCCGACUUUUGGGGCAUGGGAUGUGAAAUCCUUUCAAAUCAAUGGUCACACAUUCCUUGCCUUUGCCAACUACUACUCUGGAAGUAAAUACAAUACCGACUCCUUCAUUUUCAAGUGGAAUGGCAACAAAUUUGAUUUGUUCCAGUCCAUUCCUACUCGCGGAGCCCGAGCAUUGCAUCCAUUUGUGAUCAGCGGUCAAACGUUUUUGGGUGUGGCCAAUCACCAUGGUGACAGUCAGAAAUACAAUACAAAGUCCGUUGUGUACCAAGCCUCCGGUUCGCAGUUCGUCAUCUACCAGGAUAUUCCAACUCAGGGAGCAUCUGACAUGACUUCAUUUGAGUACAAAGGUGAUAAGUACCUGGCAGUGGCAAGUUAUUACAACGGUCAGAAAUACAACACCAACAGCGCUUUGUACAAAUGGAUGUAG